AGUAAGACCUAUUCAACUACCAGGAAGAAGGGAAAUAGAAAGUAGUUUUGACUUUACUUAACGGAGCUGAGGUGCCAUCACAGGGCGUUGGAUGUAAAAACACAGACCAGGAGGAUUGAACUGUAAAACCAAAGAGACAGAGGUUUGGUGAGUCUGUGUGUUAAAGGAUAAUUCACAUAUUAGAGAAAAUGGCUGAGAAGAAGAAGACUAAACUGUUUGAUUUCCUGAGUUGUCAUGUGUGUUCAGAGAUGUUCAGAGACCCUGUGUCUCUGAGCUGUAACCACAGCUUCUGUUCAAACUGCCUGAAGGAAUUCUGGGAACAAACUAAGAACAAAAACUGUCCCAUUUGUAAAAGAAAAUCUUCAAAUGAUGACCCACGUGAGAACUUCAGUCUGAAGGAACUGGCUGAUUCAUUUGCUGGGAGACUGAACGUUGGAUCAUCUGAGACAGAAAUAGGACAAAAGAAGGUGGAGGUGGUCUGCAGCAAACAUCAAGAAGAACCUAAACUAUUCUGUAAAGAUGAAAACAGAGCUGUGUGUUCUAUCUGUGAUGUUUCUGUCCAUGACAAUCACACUGUGGUUCCUGUAGAAGAAGCAGUUACUGAAAUGAAGGAUGAGCUGAAAUCUGACUUAAAGUCUCUACAGGAAAAGAAGAAGAAAUAUGAGGAAACACAGAAAACAUACAAUGAAAUAAUGAAACUCUCAAAGAAACAGGUUUUGUUCACAGAGAAUCAGAUCAGAGCAGAGUUCAACAAACUCCAGCAGUUCCUGAAAGAGGAAGAGGAGUCCAGACUGGCAGCUCUGAGGGAGGAAGAGGAGCAGAAGAGGAGGAGUGUGAUCAGAGAGAUGAAGAGGAUUGAGGAGCAGAUGUCCUCUGUGUCAGACAGUAUCUGUGCUGUUGAAGAAGAGCUGCAGAAAGCCAGCGCUCCAUUCCUCAUCAGUUGUAAAGACACUCAGAGCAGAGCCAGAGCCCAGUGCUCAGUGUCAGAGCCACAGCUGAUCUCAGGAGCACUGAUCCAUGUGGACAAACACCUGGGCAACCUGUCCUUCAGAGUCUGGGACAAGAUGAGGGACAAGGUCCACUUCAGCCCCAUCAUCCUGGACCCAAACACUGCACAUGGACGCCUCCAUCUGUCUGAUGAUCUGACCAGUGGGAGAUAUGGAGACACAAAGCAGCAUCUUCCUGAUAAUCCAGAGAGAUUCACUAACUAUGCUGAUGUUCAUGGCUCUGAGGGCUUCAACUCAGGGAAACACAGCUGGGACGUGGAGGUGGGAGACCAUCCUGAAUGGACUUUAGGUGUGGUGAAAGAGUCCGUUCACAGGCAGGGAGAGAGAUUUGUUUCACCAGAAGAUGGAAUCUGGUGUUUAAAGCAUCACAGUGGAAAAUACAUUAAUGGUCUUCGUCAGACUGUGACAGUGCAGACGAGUCCACAGAGGAUCAGAGUUGAACUGGACUAUGACAGGGGGGAGGUGUCCUUCUACAACGCUGAAGACAAGACUCACAUCUACACUCAAAUAGGCUGUUUCCUUGAGAAACUCUACCCUUAUUUCAGCAUUGGACAGGCGGUUGAUGCAAAAUUCAGAUAUUAAAAUCUGUCAGAGAGAUUUCUUUGUUGUUCAGGAAAAAUGAAAAUGUAAUAGACUGUGUUUUCAUUUUUCCAAAAACAGUCAUAUGAAUGCAUGUAGAUCUGAAAUGUAUAAAACAUGUUUAACUGAGAAGAAUGGAACAAACAGUGAAUACAGAGGAUGUUUCUAAUAUGUUCAUUAU